AUGGAUGGGGCACCGCUUCUUGUUCGGAACUCAGACGAGUUGCAGCUUAUCGGGGACGACGGCGAUUAUCUCCGGAUACGAGGGCUGAAACCAUGGUGGAAAGUUUUCUGCAUAGAGACUGUAAAGCUAUGGAAAAUCGGCGGCCCAAUAGCCUUUCAAAUUCUUUGUCAGUUCGGAUGUGUCUCUGUCACCACCAUGUUUGUCGGCCACCUCGGAGAUAUCGAACUCUCCGCCUUCUCUAUUGCUCUGUCCGUUGUCAGCACCUUCGCGUUUGGUCUCCUGCUCGGUAUGGGGAGUGCCCUUGAGACACUGUGUGGUCAGGCAUUUGGUGCUGGACAAACUCAUAUGCUUGGUAUAUACAUGCAACGUUCGAUAAUAAUCCUAUUCGCCACUUGUCUUCUCCUGUUGCCCCUCUAUGUGUUUGCGACCCCAAUUCUGAAGCUGCUUGGACAAGAGGACGACAUAGCAAAUCCUGCAGGAGUAUAUACACUUCUGGUUUCCCCUCAAUUGUUUUCCCUCGCUGUCACUUUUCCGACUCAAAAGUUUCUUCAAGCCCAGAGCAAAGUCCUCGUGCUUGCAUGGAUCGCAGCUUUUUCAUUGGUUGCACAAACUUUUCUAUGUUGGCUAUUUAUUUAUGUAUUCGGCUGGGGACCAAUUGGUGCAGCCGGAGCAUUCGACCUUACAAGUUGGUUCACGGCCUUUGCACAAUUUGUUUAUGUGGUUGGUUGGUGCAAGGAUGGCUGGAAGGGAUUUUCUUUGGCCGCAUUUAAAGAUUUGUGGUCCUUUGUGAGACUCUCCCUUGCAUCAGCUGUCAUGCUGUGCCUCGAGAUAUGGUACAUGAUGAGUAUCAUUGUACUAGCUGGGAAUUUUGAUAAUGCAGUAACUGCAGUUGGUUCCCUUACUAUUUGCAUGAACAUUAAUGGAUGGGAAAGCAUGUUGUUCAUUGGAGUCAAUGCUGCUAUAAGUGUUCGUGUCUCAAAUGAGCUUGGCUUAGGACAUCCAAGAGCAACAAAAUAUUCUGUCUAUGUCACAGUCUUUCAAUCACUCUUGAUUGGGAUUUUGUGCAUGAUAAUUGUCCUAGCAACAAGAAAUCAUUUUGGAAUUAUUUUUACUCAUAGCGAAACUAUGCAACGUGCCGUUGCUCACCUUUCUGUCCUCCUUGGAGUUACAAUGCUUCUCAAUAGUGUCCAACCCGUGAUAUCAGGUGUUGCCAUCGGAGGUGGGUGGCAAGCUCUAGUAGCCUACAUCAACUUGGCUUGUUACUACGUUUUUGGUCUUCCUCUCGGGUAUUUUCUUGGCUAUGUGGCUCAUUUAGGAGUGAUGGGACUCUGGGGUGGCAUGAUAGCUGGAGUAGGUCUGCAAACCUUGCUGCUGGUGCUGGUACUCUACAAAACCAAUUGGAUCAAGGAGGUACUUCAGUCUCUUGAUGUUGAUUCAUUGAAUAGCCUGGGAAUGACGCCCAACUGGCAUGCGGAAUUCCCUGCUCGUCGCGACAAAAAUGUUAAUUUAUAUUAA